AUGUGAGUCUGCAAUGCACUCCUUCAGCUGAAGCUCUGCUUGUUUAACUUCUUCUGUAAUUGUUUGUAACUGUAUCAUCAUGCUUAAUGUUAAGAUGAGUUACAGAACACUGAGCCUGGCUGCACUCUUACUGAUUGCAGUAUUUGUUUCUUACAACACCACUGAUGCAGCGAGAGGAUAUCGCUGCUGUAACAGCUAUUCCAGUAUCCAGAAAGUAAAACCUGAACUUAUUAAGGCAUACAAGAAACAGGAUUCUAAUGGAGUCUGCAAUGUUGAAGCUGUCUUGCUUAUCACAAGGAAGGGAUGGGAGAUCUGUGCCGAUCCAAGAGCGAGGAAGGUGAAAGAAAUCAUUCGUCGAUUGAAGACUAAGGAAAAUAGGAGCCAUGGACAAAAACAAUGAAACAUCUGCUGAUGUUUAACACAGAACAGAUAUAAAUGGUUGAUUUUUAUUACUACUGGAAGUGAUGCAGUCCCAUAAGUAAGUUUUGUAAGAGUAAUAGUGGGCCUUAUGCAUGUUUUUCAUGCUUUUUUAAAAAUUGUACUUAAAUAAGGUGUACUAUUAGUGACCUUUGUAAGGAACACAGUAUUAAAGCUAAGUAUUUCAUUUAGGAAGAGAACAAAAACAGUAUUUUUCAGAAAUGUGUUGUUUAGAACACAAGAUGUUCAUUUUGCUUAUUGAGGAACUAAAAGUGGAAUCUGUAAAAUAUGUGUUCAUGUGAUGAUUUGAUUUGUACUACAAGACUUAUUGUAGUACAAUAAUUACAUAUUGUGCAAUUGUAUUGUGCAACACAAUAAAUACAUAUUGUGAUUAAA